AUGGAAAGGCAACAUUUUGAUGCUCACAAUGUUCUCGACAUCCUUGAUUGUGACAAUAGUGAUGCUGGUGAUUCAGAUAGCAGCAGUGACAACGAAUGUUGGGAACAGAUACAGCUAAAAGCUUUGCUGAUUGGAGAAUACUCUGGCAGCAGUGAUGAUGAUGGUAAGUUUGAAAAUGUGAGUGGGGAAAUUGAUGAUAGUGAUGACAAUGAUGAUAACAUGCCCCUAGCUUCAAUACGAACAAGUAAGCCGAGUUGGAGAAAAACUUCAUUUGUUGUGUCGGAAACUAGUGUAACAUUUACUGGUCCAAACAUUGAAGCCCCAGUGAACAUGGAAACAAAAACUCCUCUUCAAUAUUUUAAGCAAUUUGUGAGUGAUGAUAUGCUUCAAAAUUUGCUGACAAGCACCAAUGAAUACAGUGUCCAAAAGUCUGGAAACUCAAUAAACACUAAUAAAAAAGAGAUAGAACAACUCAUCUGUAUGUUUUUUCAUAUGGGGCUUGUAAGGAUGUGGAAUGGAGUUCGACAGUAUUGGGAAUCUGCUACUGCAUACAGUCCUGUUUGUGAUGUCAUGAGUCGUAAUCAAUUUCAGCUUUUGUUGAGAAUGCUUCAUUUUGUGAACAAUUUGUUGGUAUCUGACAAUGACAAGAGAGACAAAUUGUGGAAAAUUCGACCAUGGCUUGAAAAAAUGAGAGAAAACUGCCUGAAACUUAUUCCAGAAGAGCACAAUUCAAUUGAUGAAAUGAUGUGUAAAUACAGAGGAAGGACAAGUCCCAUUCGACAAUAUAUCAAGAGUAAACCACAUCCAUGGGGAUUCAAGGUCUGGUGUAGAGCAGGUGACAGUGGAAUAUUGUACGAUUUUGAUGCUUACCAAGGUGGAAAUGGGAAAAGAAGUCAAUUGGGCCAAGGAGCCGAUGUAGUACUAAAGCUGACCUCAACUUUUUUGAAUGUGCCUGAAGAACCAAAACGGCGUAACAUCAAACUGAUAUUUCAUGACUUUGCGAGAGACUUUUCAACUGGCGAACUUAUCGUAAAUUAA